CCGCGCGAGGAGCGGGGGUGGCGUGGUUGGUUUGUGGUGUAGAUAAAGGCAAUAUAUAAAUUUAGUUCAGAAUUAUACACUGUGAAAAGCAUUGUAUUAGACUCGACGUCGAGUUUAAUAUGAGGGUGCAAAUUUUGUCAAGUCAUAAGCUCUUUGUGAGAUCAUGCCUGAAUCAGGCCCCCUCAGCUCAUGUUCCACUAGGCAUGAGGGGCAUGGCAGGUGAUGCAUCCAGGAUCAAAGAACCUAAAAAGCAUGCCAGACUGGAAGCCCUGCGGGCACAAGAAUUGGCACCGUUGAGCAACUUCUUGACGGACAGCUUUGGCCGGUUCCAUGACUACCUGCGUAUCUCGCUCUCAGAGCGCUGCAACCUCAGAUGCCAGUAUUGCAUGCCCGAGGAGGGCGUGCCGCUGACGCCCAAGUCGCACCUGCUCACUGCUGAGGAGGUCGUGCGGCUGGCCGGCCUGUUCGCCGCCGCCGGCGUCACCAAGGUCCGGCUGACGGGCGGCGAGCCUCUGGUGCGCGCUGACCUCGCAGACGUCAUCGCUGGCCUCAAAGCCAUUCCCGGCAUCCAGUGGGUCGCCAUGACGACCAACGCUGUUGUGCUGCACCGCCGCCUGGCGGCGCUGCAGGCAGCCGGUCUUGACGCAAUCAACAAGCUGGACACCCUGGUGCCGGCCAAGUUCGAGCUGAUCACACGUCGGCGCGGCUUCCAUCGCGUUUGGCAGAGCAUUCAGACGGCAUUGGCAGCGGGGUACGACCCGGUCAAGCUGAACUGCGUCGUUAUGCGCGGCGUCAACGACGAGGAGCUGGAGGACUUCGUGGCGCUGACGGAGACGUUCCGGCUGGACGUGCGCUUUAUCGAGUACAUGCCGUUCGACGGCAACCGCUGGAACGACCGCAAGAUGGUGCCGUACGCUGAGAUGCUGGAGCGGCUGCAGCAGCGCUGGCCCGAGCUGCGCCGCAUCUCCGACCGCGCCAACGACACGUCCAAGGCGUACCAGGUGCCGGGCUGGGCGGGGCAGGUGGGCUUCAUCACGUCCAUGUCGGAGCACUUCUGCGGCAGCUGCAACCGACUCCGGCUGACGGCCGACGGCAACCUCAAGGUCUGCCUCUUCGGCAACGCGGAGGUCUCGCUCAGGUUAGUGAUUUGCUGACACUGCGAGGGGGA